UUUUACAAAACGACCUCAGAAGGUUAAAUAGUCAAAAUAAUGUAACCUGGUUCCCUUCAUGAGUUUUUUAAAGUCAUAUAAAAGUUUUGAAAUCAUCUAAGUUAAAAAUUAUAUUACUUAUUUUAUAUUUGAGGGGGAAAUGCUUAAUAUCUAUUUGACGUUUUUCUUCAAUGGAAAAUUCUCGAAAUUUUCAUAUGAAUUGUUACGCAUGCGCAUGUCGGCUUCUUCGACGACAAGAUUCGAAGUCAGCAAACUUGUGCAGACUGUGUCCGAAUGUAAGUUAAAUUGUUAGGAUUGGGACGAGGGAAAGAAUUCCUUCCUUUUAUUUUUCCACGAAUACAAGUUUGAAUGGAUCCAAGAAUAGCUUGGUAUCCACCGGAACAGUUAGGAACAGCCCAUGACAUUUGGACAACGAUCAUAGAGGCCCAGAUAGGCGUGGAUAGUAUGUCACUGAAUAAUUCGAACCCCAAUUUAGACCACAAACCGCAGGAGUACAUUUCUCUUAGUGUAAACAACAAUUUAGAACAGAAGCACGCGCCUACGAAUAAACAGUACAACAUUCAGAAUCAACAAAUCAAGAGAAAACGAGACAACAAGGCGAGUACGUACGGUCUGAACCAUUCGUCCUACAAACAUCUUUUGAAUGAAGGUGGUGGAUUAACACCUUGGGUUCCACAGGGAAAGGAUUACUCCCAAGAUAUCAUGGGAUUACAUGAAGAGAUUAAGAAUUUUUAUGAAUACAUGUCACCUUCUGCAGAAGAAGCAAACAUGAGAAAUGAGGUUGUACAGAGAAUCAAAGAUGUUGUCAAAGAUCUUUGGCCAGAGGCAAAGGUGGAAAUUUUUGGAAGUUUUAAAACUGGGUUGUACUUGCCAACAAGUGACAUUGAUUUGGUUGUGUAUGGAAAAUGGGACAGUCUACCUUUGUUUACCUUGGAAAGAGCUUUGAGAGAAAAGGGUUAUGCAGAUCCAGCAACUGUUAAAGUGCUAGAUAAAGCAUCUGUUCCAAUCAUAAAAAUGGUGGAUCACCAGACAGAUGUAAAGGUUGACAUUAGCUUUAACACACAGAACUCAGUGGAAAGUGCUCAACUUAUUAGUAGAUUUAUGGAGGAAUUCCCAAAUCUGAAAUACCUGGUAUUGGUGCUGAAACAGUUCCUUCUACAAAGAGAUCUGAAUGAAGUUUUUACCGGAGGAAUCAGCUCAUACAGCCUUAUCUACAUGACUGUCAGCUUUUUCCAGCUUCAUCCAAGGUUAGAUGCUUUGGAUCCAAAUGCAAAUCUAGGGGUUCUACUGAUAGAAUUUUUUGAACUGUAUGGAAAGAAUUACAACUACUUGAAGACGGGAAUAAGAAUUAAGAAUGGUGGGUCAUAUGUCCCAAAAGAUGAAAUUCAAAGAAGCAUGGAGAAUGGAUAUAGAUCUUCAAUGUUAUGUAUUGAAGAUCCACUGACGAAAGGAAAUGACAUAGGAAGAAGUUCAUAUGGUGCUAUACAGGUGAAGCAGGCCUUUGAAUAUGCCUAUAUAGUUUUAGGUUACUCAGUAGGCCCACAGUGUGUGUAUUCAAGAAAGCAUAGCUUAUUAAGUCGGAUAGUUCGAGUGACAGAUGAAGUAGUAAAUUAUAGACACUGGAUCAGAGCAACAUUCCCUCGUAAAAUCCCAGAAAACAACAUGAUGGAUUCCAAAAGCAGAAGUUAUGCCAGUGUUGCUAAUAGCAGUAAAUCAGAGGGAUCCAACAAAGACCUUAACAUUGACAACAGCAAAAGGUGUAAUGAGGUUGAGUCCAAGCCAUCCCAUCCUGAGAGUGAACAAUCGGACUCGAGUUCAGUGUACAAGUCCAGCAGCAGCUCAGCUACCAGUAGUUCCACAUCCAGUCUCACUAGUGACACGGAUUCUGAACCUGAUCCUCAACAACAGACUGAAUUUGAAGUGACAAAAUCAACAUCACCAACUCCAGUGAAAGCAGAGAAAAGGCCAGCUGUAGUGACUCAGGAGUACACGCGAAGCAGAGAUAGAGCACACAACAACACUAAACAAAGGACAGGUUCAUCCAAAAGUCGAGACACCAGUUGUAGUAGUGUGUCGUCCACUCAUUCAGCUGGAUCUAACAAAACAAAUUUGAACAGUGGCCACAGAGGUUAUAAUAAUUUCGAGACCCGUGGAAAUAGUACUCGGAACUCGGGUCACUAUGACAAUGGACCACGAAAAGCAUAUCAUGGAGGAAGUGCUCAAAACAAAACUGGCUAUGAAAGUGGCCGGGUUUAUACGCGGACGAACAGUAACAACAAGAAAAAGAAAAGUACAGGUAAUGGUUACAGUUAUAAGAGAGACACAUAUCCAAAUGCUGGAGGCCACAGGUAACCCUCAUGGAGGCCUAAGGAGGCAGUAUUUAAUGGUGCCCUUCUAGUGUAACUGCAGAUCUGUACAUGUAUGUGUGUGAGUUUGUGUUUGUGUGACAUGGUGCCUAAAAAAGGAAACGAGUUCAAGUGGCAUAGAGACACAAUCAGAAAAAAAAUAUGGUGAUUACAAGACAGAAAGACUGUAAUGGGUCAUGUAAGUAUAUGUCUCAAAUAUCAUCAUGUUGUGAAAUGAUGUGAAUAAGAUUAUUGGACUCUAGGCCAAAAAUAAAAAUGGAUUUGUUUGAUGUACUCCGACCGACCCGUCAAAUUUGCUCCUACCGAUCAUUUUUUUCAGCAAUUUAAAAUUUCAUUUUGGGGUUGGAGGUUCCCUUGAAAAAUAGAAAAUUCUCUUUAUUUUAAAAGAAAAUAUAAAAAAAAAAUUCAUGACAUUCCAAAAAACAAAAAAAAACAACCUACCUACCGACCCACCUUGAAAAAUGUGGGUCAGAGUACAUCAAACAAAAAUAUUUUUAAUGAUGGCCCUAUCAUAAAUGUUUUUGUUUGUAAACACUCAUUUUUGGAAUACAACAUCUGAACACAGUUUAUCAAUCUAGGCCUCAUUGUAGGACUUGAAUAACAUUACUCAUCAAAAGGUGUAGCAUUGUAUUCCUCCGUGUCUUUAUUCACAUCGCAUUCAAAUUAUGUGAUAAUGAUGUUUUAUGUGAUAUUUUCCCCAUUUUUGCAUUAUCAUGAGUAUUAGAAUGCCAUUUUCCUUCUCAUUUUUUGGUGAAAAGGGAUAAUAUGGCAUUGUUUAUGAUUAAAAAAUCAAAGUGUAUAUCAACACGAUACAAAUGAAUAAAAUAAGCAAUGGAUCAUUUUUCAUCUUGUUUGAAAUUUUAAAGCAAAAUGUUGGAUUCAUGAGAAUCUCUAUAGAUAAAGCACAAUAAAACAUAUGCAAAGGUCUUGACUUACUGAAUUUUUAUCAUAUCAUUUUUAUUUCAAUCAUGCCACAUGUUGUGUUGUUUUUUAGAAACUGUUUUAUUCAUGUAUUAAGCUUAUUUUAAAGCUGCAUUUUAAAUAAGUGGUGUACGAAUGAGGUGUUGAACACUGACCUUCAUAAAGAAAAAGUCCAUUUUCUAAAAAGAUCAUGUGUCAAUUGUUUUCCAUGUGCCUUUUCAUGAAUGAAAUACUGUAAAAUUCAACAGGUGCUUUUUGUAUGUGUAAAACCACCCUACCAACUUACUGUCAGUAAUCUGAGAAGUGCUGCCCGUUUUAAAGAGGGAUUUUUUUAAAAAAUAAAAUUUAUCCAUUAUUAUUCCACAAUUUGUCCAUUAAUUAUCUCGAUGCCAUUUUUUUUUCUGUGGUAUUUUGUACAAGAUUGUUUAUUUUCCAAAUAUCAAAUUUUGUUCCCUUUAGCUUUCAGAUGUGUGGCCAGCUCUGUUAAAAUGACAGCUAUUCACAUUUUGUGUGUACAUAUGAAACAUUUGUUGUAUUGAUAUUAUAUGAAUAUUGUGCAAUUAUCAUGGUUAUUAGGAUUUAGAAUGUAAUUAGAGAGAGGACCAACUGAAAAGUUUCUUGUUCUAUAAUAUUGUAUAGUAUGUUCAUUAGACACCCAUUACAUCUUGCAUGGGUAAAAAAAAAAUACAAAAUAGGAAAAUGUAUGAUACUUAUUUUUAAAAAAGUUUGCAGGCUGUAACUUGGUUUUUACAUGUAUGUAUGUUGAACAAAUUGUAUUUGAGAUAGCACGUGAGGUUACUUGGCCAGUGUUUGUUUUUCAUAGUAAUUUGGAUUGAUCUUGUCAAAUGAUGUUAAAUCAGAACUGCAAAAAAAUGAAUAAUGACUAUGUAAUUCAAAGACGAUCCUUGAAAUCCAUUAUUUUAAUUUUCCCUCUUUUUUUUUUUUUUUUUUUUUUUUUUUUUUUUUUUUUUUUUUUUUAUGGAGAUAGAUGGAGUGUAAGGAAAUCAUUCUAUACAUUCGAUCACUGGCAAAAGGUAUCGUCUUGUGUUAGUAAUAUGGAAUACAUGUUAUGUUUGAGUGUUUGAUCUCUGUUAUUAACAAAUAUAAAUUUUGAUGUAAAGACAUGAAGUCUUUGUAUGAAAAGAGAGAACUGACUUGUACAUGUCCUGAAGUGUUUCAAUUAUUGACAAUCCGAUUUUGUGUUAAUUGAAAUUCUCCACCAUCCAUAUCAAAUUUAUGAUAUCUUCACAUUUUAAGAAAAUCUUUUAAAGAAUGUUCCUCUUUUUCUAAUAUCUUUAGUUCAUGCUUUCGAUAAAUUCCACAAUGUACUGUAUACUGGGAUAAUUUUGGCCUUAUCAUCAAUUUGUGAAUUCAAAUCGAGGUUAAUGUUAAUGGAAUUAUAAAUUUUAAAGUGGCAAAAUGACAUAGAUGAACUUAAACUGGUGCAAAUUUAUCUAUUGUAAAAAGGCUAAAAUGACGGGAUGAAGAUUUCUUGGUAUAUAAAAUUUUUGCCCAUAUUUCUGAAAGCAUCUCUCUGUUAGUACAGUUUAAAGGUUAUUUAUUCUCUAGUCAAUUUCCAAUACCUGCAAUGUAUUCAAAUAUGUAUGCCCUGGGCAAUUUAGUUUAUAUUAUGGCAGCAGUUGAAUUUAAAAAUAAAUGUUUGUUAUAUUAAAAACAUCAGGUCUGAAAUUAACAUUUCAGUUCUUGCGGGGGAAGGGAUUAAAGAGUCCUUUUUAGCUUAAUUCUAUUUUUACGUAAACUUAAAAUGCCUUUGACUUCAUGUGAUUCUCAAAAGUUAUAAUUUUUGUGCAUGGUAAAGAUCUGUGCCACUUUCAGUUAUUGUUGAUAUGUUUUAUUUCACAGUUUAAUUUGUCAUCAUUUUGUAUGAAAAGAAAAAACACAAAAAAAGUGGAAAAAAUAAAGGCAUUAAAAAUA